GUUCGAGUAGGUAAUCCAUCCCUUAAGCUGCCUGGCUGGGAAGCUUUAUUCUACAAGUAUGGUGUGGAUGUGGCUCUGUGGGCCCAUGAACAUUCUUAUGAGAGACUUUGGCCUGUAUAUAACAGACAGGUUAACAAAAGGAUUUUCAUAUUUUGAUUUGUAUAUAUUAUAAAUAUAAGUGUGAUAUUUUCUUUGAAUGUUCCCAAAAUUGUAUUGGAACCAAAAGUUUAAACGAACUUAUUUUUUUUUUUUUAUUUCUUAGCUGAAUAAGAAUAUGUUUAGUUGUUUUAAAUGUUGCAUUUGCAAAUAGUAUUGCAGGAAGGAGGUUUCAAUUGUAUUGUUCAUUUACGACCAAGACAAUUUACAUAAAAUUAUACAACAAUAAUGAUUUAUUUUAUGGUUAUGUUGUCUGCAGGUUUAUAACGGCAGUUACAAUGAACCUUACACGGAUGCUAAAGCGCCAAUUCAUAUCACUACUGGAUCAGCUGUAAGUAAACAAAUAGAUCCUAUCUAUGUUUUUAAAUAAUGGACUUUUAUACCAAUCUCAGCUAACAUCGGAAUGAUAAAAGUUAAGAAAUGAGUUUUCUUGUGGAAAUUAAUACACUAUUUGAAAUAAUUGUGAAUUUUUUUUUGGAGCAACUAGUUCAAAACUUAAUAUAUUAGUUGUUGUUGUUUUUGUUUUUUGUACAUAUUACAGCCAUAUAUUUGUAUGUUUCUUUAGGGCUGCAAGGAAAACCAUGACAACUUUGACAAUACGACUGAUCCCUGGUCUGCCUUCCGCAGUGACGAUUAUGGAUAUACCCGGAUGAAGGUUUACAACAGUACGCAUCUGUACAUGGAACAAGUAUCAGAUGAUAAGGUACACAAACUGAGAUUGCAAAUGAAACAUUCAUUAAGAAUCUAUGUGAUAUCACUGCGGGAUAGUUACAAGCUUUCAACAUUGAAUCAUUGGACAUUAAAAUAAUUGGUUUCUUUGACGAUAUCCUAAUCCAACAGCAAUAAAUUCUGUAGCUUCCAAGGCAUAUACAAAUGUAAGCUACACUUAUAUUAAACCUUAUCAUCCUCAAUGAAUAUAUUCUGUGACAUUUAGACCUAGUUUCCGCCACAUACAUAAAUUUUGAUUUUAUAUGUUAUACGUGCUUGAAUCUUGUAAAAUUUGUAGAAGGUCAUUACAACUGGUUUAUUUAAGUAAUAAAGACAGCAAAGUAUUAGAGCAGAAUGUAUGUUAUAAAAAUGUUCUCACAUGAGUCUGUUUAUAAAUCUGCCAUUAACUUGGCUGUAUUAAUGUGGUUGUUUUUUAACUGAUCCUUUGUUUCCUCCUAGGGUGGAGCCAUCAUUGACAAGCUUAUGAUUAUUAAAAAUUUCCAUGGAUCUUAU